CUGCUUGAUGUUUUGAGCUCCCUUUUCCGCGAAGGGCACAACAGCUUUUGCUCGUAUGACGAUUAUUCCACGGCUGUCGUGUGGUGGCGAAGUUAACGUUUCUGCGGGGGUGGCAGCAGCGGCAUCAAAUGGACAAGAACUAACUUUCCAAGACGGCGCUUAUGUGGGGCCUCGGUUUCUAUCGGGACGGCCUGAAAAUCCGGGCCUGUAAUGCGGGGGAAACCAUCCCUCAGCCAGAAGAAUCGAGGUUUGUUUCUGGCGACCACGAAGGGCUUCCCUCGAAACCUCGGCUGGCACGAUGGGCUGCCCAGUUGCAGAUGGGAAAACUUUCCGCAUCUCUCAACGGAAGUGGAGGCGGUGGACCACCGGGAGGGGAGCGAAGCCGCCCCAGAGAGGCUUCGCGGGAUAAGAGAACCCCACGAGGCGAGGCGAGGCGAGGCGAGGCGGGGCGGCCAGCUGAGUCAGGCUGCUCUUGCUAGCCAAGCAGACCAGCCAGCCGGCCUGCCGCCGCAAUAGCCCGGCGUGAAGACCAGCGCAGCGCUGAGGGUUUUUUUUUAAUUUAUUUUUUUGGACGGAGAGAUGGAGGGAGCGGAGAGUCGCGGAGUGGCAGGCUCACCGUCCAAUGGGAAGGCACGGGGACGACCACGGGGGCCGAACGAGGGUCGGUGGCGUGGAAGCUGCAGCUCCCUAGCCAUUCAAUAGAGGGGGACGCGAGCCUGCCGGGAGGGCGCCGCCGCCGCCGCUGCCGUUACUACUUAAAGGUUAGCGCCGCCGCCGCCGCCGCUUUUUGGCUCCGAUCGCGUCGACUUCCCUGCAGCUUUGGGAUUUCGGGGGCCAGGCGAGAAGUGGCUCCCUUCCAAAGUCUCGAUGGACUUGCGAUGGAGCGUCAUCGUCUGAGCGCUGCCGCCGCCGCCGCCGCCGCUGGUGCAGAGAGGCCGGCUUCUGCUCCUCUUCCCUUCCUGCAGGAUCCAGGGCUUGGCGGACGUCGGCCAGGAGCAGCGAUGGGCAGCCGGCACCUCGGAGGAGGGAGAUUCAACGACUCUUCCCCGUCGCCUUAGCGGCGGCCGCUUCUCACGCUUCGCUCGGCCACUUCCUCGCUCAGCAUCCCCAGACCGCUCGCCCUUGCGGCGGGGGGAAGCCGAGCUCGGGCCGUUGCGUGCAAGAGUUGAUAGUCCCGCGCUUCUUCCCCCCGCAAUGCAUUGACUCGGGAAUCGGGGGCUCCGCGACCUCGGAAAGUUUGCGCGCUCCCCGACCUCGGCCGGCCGCUUGGCUGCGGAGCGGAAAGUCUCCGGCUCCGCGGAAGGACGGAGGAACGGCCGAGUCGUCUCCUGGGAUGAUGCAUUAACUUGGUGCAGAGGAAUCCCUCAAGCCGGAUCGAUCCUUUUCUAGGAAAACCUCGCCAAGCGAUGGAAGGUAGGAAGGACGGGAAGUUCUCCUGAGCGGCGGGCGACGUGUAGGCGAGUGAGCGGGAGCAGGAAGACGGGCCUCCGGGAAAGCUGGCGGGAUGCCCUCCAUGCUGGGAGGAAAGUGCUGGGACGUCCUGACCCACCUCGACCGGUUCGCUGUUGGAAGCGUUUGCCUGUGAUGUGCGCCAGUUGGCAGGGCUGGUUUCCAGUCCUCUUCUCCAGCUUAGCAACAUGAAAGUGUUCCGCAGGAAGGCUCUGGUGCUCUGCUUGGGCUACGUGCUGCUGCUGCUACUUACCAUGCUCAACUUGCUGGACUACAAGUGGCACAAGGGGCCGCAGCAGUGUAGUGGUCCCUCACCUGCCCGGCGCAUAUCCUAUCCGCAGCAACUGCCUUAUUACGCCUCUCAGUCCAGGUCAGACACACGGGCUCUCUACGGGCCUCCUGUGCCCUUGGCCCGCAAGAGACAGCUGGUCUAUGUUUUCACCACUUGGCGUUCAGGAUCCUCCUUCUUUGGGGAGCUCUUCAACCAGAACCCGGAGGUCUUCUUCCUUUAUGAGCCUGUGUGGCAUGUGUGGCAGAAGCUGUACCCAGGAGAUGCUGUUUCCCUGCAAGGUGCGGCCCGUGACAUGUUGAGUUCCCUCUACCGUUGUGACCUCUCUGUCUUCCAGCUCUACAGCACUGCGGGGACAGGGAAAAAUCUCACCACCUUGGGCAUCUUUGGCGCGUCCACCAACAAGGUAAUCUGCUCCUCACCCCUCUGCCCAGCUUACCACAGGCAAACUGUGGGUAUGGUGGAUGACAAGUUGUGUAAGAAGUGCCCACCGCGACAGCUCAGUCUUUUGCAGGAGGAAUGCCUCAGGUACCACACUUUAGUCAUCAAAGGUGUGCGGAUCUUUGACAUUGCAGUUUUAGCACCACUGAUCCAAGACCCUUUCCUGGGUCUCAAAGUUAUCCACCUGGUCAGGGACCCCCGGGCAGUGGCUAGUUCCAGGAUCAGAUCCCGCCAUGGGCUCAUCCGCGAGAGCUUACAGGUGGUGAGGAGCAGAGACCCUCGCAUCCAUCGAAUGCCAUUUCUGGAUGCAGGCCACAAGCUGAACAAGAAGGAAGGAGGAGGUGGUUCAGACUACCAUGCCUUGGGAGCUAUGGAAGUCAUCUGUGGCAGCAUGACAAAGACUCUGCAAAUGGCUCUGCACCCACCGGAUUGGCUGAAGGGGAAUUAUAUGGCUGUCCGGUAUGAGGACCUGGUGGUGGACCCCAUCAAGACUUUGCGACAGGUCUAUGGGUUUGUCAAUUUAGUGGUGAGUCCAGAGAUGGAAAAGUUUGCUCUCAAUAUGACAAGUGGACCUGGGUACUCUUCCAAACCUUUUGUGGUCUCUGCCAGGAAUGCUAGCCAGGCAGUUAAUGCCUGGAGGACCGCACUGAGCUUUCAUCAGAUCAAGCAAGUGGAAGAGUUUUGCCAUCAGCCUAUGUCUAUCCUAGGCUAUGAGAAAGCUAGUAGCCCUGAAGAAGUAAAAGACCUUAGCAAAACCUUGCUCAGGAAGCCAAGAUUGUGAAAAGGAUGUGUGCUUUUCGACACAUAAGGACGUACAGAGAGAGCCAUCUACAACCUUCCACUUAACAACGAGAGGGACAAUGCAAAAUAUAGUUUUUUCUUAAAAGAUAUAUUUUACUUCUCUAGAGACCGCUGAGAAUUACACACAUUCAGCUGAUAUAAUUUAAAUACACACAGUGAUUUAGUAUUUCUAAGACUUUAUUUUCCCCCUCCAGAAAUUCAAGGCACAUGAUUCAGUACAUAGCAGUAUCUUUAUAUACUUGUGAUAGUAAUCAUGACAGCUUUGCACAUUUGUGGUGAGGGUUGGGUGGUAUCCGAGGUAAGGAACUAAUCAGUAAAACAAGAUUCAGAGGAGUGAACUUUUGUAUAAAUGUUUAAAUGUAAUGAAGAAUUCAAUAAAUGAUGCUCAUUUUACAGUGA